AUGAGACUCAUUUUAUUCGUUAUUGCUGCCCUUCCAGGUGCUAGCACUGUCAUCGCAAGACCCGUUUGCAACGCUGAUAGAUGCGCACGCGCCGUCACCGGCACUGCAGCCCAGCCGGCCCUCAGCGGAAGCCAGAGCGAUUGCUCCAGCUACCAAACUGCCACGACCUACCCCGCUGCUGAGUAA